AUGGCGUCCUUCUGGAAAAACUUCACCAAACAAGUUACUUGCUCAAUUUGUCUCGAGACCUACAAAGAACCGAAAAUUAUAUCGUGUUUUCAUACGUUUUGCUGUCAGUGUUUGGAAAAACACGCGAGAGUGAGUCAAAGACAUGGAAGAUUUCGAUGCCCCGAGAGUCAGGCAGAAAUCCACCUGACACAAGGAAAUCGCUUCGAAGCGUUACCAACCAGUUUUUUUCACAACAGUUUGUUGAAUAUCCUUGCCGUUCGACAAAGUGGCGAUGGAACAAACGUCACUUGUGGCAACUGUAAGAGGACCAGCUCCAAUGUCCAUUACUGCUUUGAUUGUGCUCGAUUUAUGUGCUAUGAGUGUCUGAACGCACACGAAAUCAUGCGCGACGCAUUCGAAGGACACAGAGUCAUGCCUGUUAGAGACUUCCAAGAUCAAGAUUACGAAGCUUUGUUAAAGCGACAGCCCUUUUGCACCAAGAAGUACCACGAGCGAGAGAUCACGAGAUUUUACUGUCUCCAGUGUCAGUGUUGUGUUUGCCAUCUUUGCAUCGUGACGGAUCAUAGAAGCCAUGAGGCUAUUUUGCUCGACGAAGCGGCGGACAACGAGAAAGGAAACAUCAUGGUGGAUGCUGCAAAGAGCCGGACAAGGGAAAACGAUCUAAAGAAAACGAUUCGACAGUUUAACCACACAGCUUCCGAGCUGCGAGACAAUGCUCAACUGGCUAAACGUGGAGUUUCGCAAGCAGCCGAGCAGAAGAUUGCAGAGAUUCGAGAGUGCGAGCGACAAGCCAUUGAAUCAAUCGAGACAACGUGCGUGACGAGACUCCAAAGAAUCAACACGGCUCGGGAGGCUGUAGAAUCUCUGAUGAAACAAAACAAUAAAGUCGCCGACUUUGCCGAAAACUUGGUACAGAAAAGCUCGAGCUGGGACUUCAUGCAAAACAAGCCAAAUUUGAAACAGAGAUUUGAGGAGCUUCGAGGAAUCCAAGCUGCACAACACCAUCAGACCUCCUUCAUCAAGUUUUACCCCACUCCUGUUAUGGGCUUCAACUUGGGCGACAUCAUCACCGAAGACAUAGCAGACGCAAGUUGGUCCACUCUAGAGGGACUGGAUCAAACUUUUCAGGCUGGUUUAGAAGCAAAGUUCAUUUUAUCCCCCAAAACACCUGAUGGAGAAAUCAGUAACCAGCCUGAUCUCAAACAGCAAAUUGAAGUUCUCAUACAACCAGCCGAAGAUGUCACGCAAGUCACUGUUUGCAACACAGAAAACGGUAGAUUCGAGGUCAAAUUUAUACCCAAAGUACCUGGUGCUUACAGCAUUGAAGUGAAGAUUAAUGGAGAUACACUCGCCAACUCUCCGUUCACUGUGGUGGUGAAGGAGCGUGAACUUACUGUGGUCGGUGAGUUGGAUCUGAAUUUAUCAGAAGGAGAACAGGUCGACAAUCUAUUUGGAAUCGCGGUAAAUACGAAAGGAAACAUCGCCGUAAUUGACAAUGGCAAACACUGUGUUUACAUAUUCGAAAAAAAUGGUCAAUGUUUGAGAAAAAUUGGAGUUAAUGGAUACCCAUCUGGCGUGACAUAUUUGAACGAUGACGAGAUUUUGAUUGUAGACACUAAGAACGGUAGAAUACUACAAAUUAAUAUCUUGUCAGGAACUGUUGUAAAAACUUUAGGAAAGGUAGGCGUAGGAAUGGGAGAGUUUUAUUUCCCAACGGAUGUUUGUUUGGAUGAAGAACGUCGCAUUGUUGUAACCGAGUUUUCGAGUAAUAGGGUACAAGUAUUGUCAGGUGAGGGAGAGACUAUUUCCAUCUUUGGAAACAUCGGCCAAGAAAAAUUAGUACUACCGAUGAGCUGCUCGCCUUACAAAAACAAGUUUUUCGUCUCUGAUAGCGAAGAUCAUUGCAUUAAGGCUUUCGACAAGUCAGGAACAUUCUUACACAAGUUUGGCAAACAAGGCAAUCAAGAUGCACAAUUCAACCACCCGUGUGGUUUGCUUAUAGACAGCUCUAAUUAUCUUCUGGUGUGUGAUCAGCAGAAUAACCGAGUUCAGCAGUUUUCUCUGGACGGUCGCUUCACUGGUAAAAGUGUCACUCAUUUACCUAAUCCUCGUAAAAUAGCAGCAACAAUAGAUGGACGUAUUCUCGUGACUACCCGUGAAAAAAUUUUCAUCUUAAAGUAGCUGUUUAAAUAGACACAUUUACUUUGCAGGUUGUAUUCUACCUCUAAUGAACCGAACUGUUUCUUUCCUAAUGUGCAAUAAUCCGAGUUCGCUACGUUCGAGUUUGCUACAUAUUCGCUACUAACAUGCGGAAUUCGCUGCCUCUGUUAAUUCACAGUUCUAAUUUCUCUUUUUAACCAUAAACCACACGCAAUAUCUGUAAUUCAUUCUCCCGAAUGCGUGAUUACCCUUUCUAGGAGUCAGUUAAACUGAUCAUACGCAAAUUGCCUUGUAGUUUACUUCUUAAUUAUAAUCAAAGCGAGAUUUUAGAGGAUAAUUGUAAUCAAAGUUACGUAGUAAGAUUUUCAAGUGCUGUGUGUAGUAGCCUAGCUAGAUUCGGUACCUUAGACUCCAUUCGUUUACAUUACUCUGAGUAGAUAUCUAUUUAGCGUGCUUAUAGACUCUGAAAUAUAUAGUUUAAUAAUAAAGAAAGUACUGUUAAAUUAAUUAUUUGACUCGUCUUUACAGGUUUUCUGCUUUCUCUCUCUUGUCAAUGCCGCUGUUCCAUUUUUAGCGAUGCGUGGGCUCGAUGAUAACCACGAUAAUGUGCUAGAACGUGGCGCUCAUUUAAGGUUGACUAAGGCAGAUUUCUUUAACAUAAGAUGUUGGAUCUAAAAAGUCGUGGAAGUAAAAUGAUAGAAUGGUACAGUAAAGUAAGUGGCGAACAUGUUGCGGACUCGAACGUAGCGAACUCGACAAGUAACGAAACUGGCUAUAGUUAUUCGACUGUACUCUGUUCUGUAGUAAAGCACACAGGAAGCGGCUAGAGCAAGAAAGAGGUGUAGGGGAAAAUACGAGACGUAGUCAAGCGUUUCUCCCUACUUCUUGAGUGCAACUGAGAGUAUAAUCUGAUUGGUGGAAUAAGUCCCUUUACACUCCCUUUAUACUUCUGAGGACUUCCACUACUUAUCAUUACUGUGUUACCUUGUGUUGCUAUUACUGUGAUCUACUUAACUCUUUCCAGGUCUAUCUUGAUCCAUUAUGGAUCCCUGCUGGAGGCACACCACGUUCCGAUUCGCUUGCGAUCUUGAUCAUCCUCAAAGUACAAACGUGCAUUACUCGCACUGGCUACCCAACCACCACCUUCAAUUACAGACAUAACAUAAGAUUGGUCAAUCUUUGGUGGUAGUAAAUCUUUUAAGCUAACGAACAUACUCAGAUAAUAUGAUGCCCAUCAAGAAUGAAUACAAGCAAUUCUCUUUAACAUGAGUCUUUCAAGGCUCGUGUUAAAGAGAAUUAUUCGUUUCGGUGCAUUUUGUAACUGAGAUUGAAUAAAGCCGAUAAAAGGAAUGGAAAAGGGAAACUCAGAGAGAAAAAUUUUGACAAUGCUAAGUUUCGUUUGAUUUUGGUUCGAUGGGAUCGAUGCAAAAUUUUACAAAAAGAGUAGAUUGUAGUAGAUUGUCUUGGAAACUAAGACUUCACCCAGUUCUAACCCUUUAACUCCCAGGAGCUAGUACCAAGACAUAAUUUCUCCUUACGAUAUCAAUACAACAACACUGAUGUCAAGCAGGCGAAUGAUAAGAAUAAAGAAAAAAUGACCUUUAAGGGAUUAUUACGUGAACCAACAACAAAUUCUCCGAACUAACAUCAUGAGGUUUGAAUGGUACACAGUAAGGACGUGAGCAUUUGGCGUAACUGUGAUAUUUUAUGAUGAAAUGACCAACUUUUACCUUCUUGCUUCUUGCUGGUUACAUGAGCUUUUCGAAAAUUACUUGCCUCCAAAGUCCAGAAAUUUCUGAAAAAAAUAUUCUUGGCUUCUAUAAUCUUUUCGAUUUGUAAGUACUCAAUCUUCUUCGGUUUUAGAUGACCAGCUCCUUUCCUAGAUAACUUUAAGACAACUUUCACUGUUAUAAAGUGUCAUUUUUAUGCGACAACCUCAGUUACAAAGGCCUGGUCUAAAGAAUAUACCGUUGCUCAAUCUGAAUAAACAGUUUUUCUCCAUAACUUCAAGAGUUUUAGAGAAUAAACGACACUUUUUAAAGACAUGUUUCGACAAUUCUGUUAUCUUCAGUUUUGAUUUACACAAAGUACAAAGUUGAAUUUAAAAGUGUAUCACACAAUGCUGAUUGGACAAAAACAAAACAAUAGCAACAGAACAAUGUAUGCAAUUGACAAGGAAAUUAACAUGAUGAAGUUGAGGAUUAGGUGUGGGUUGUUCCCACUGGAUGUGGAUAGAUGCGUGAGCACUUAGUCAGUGAUAGGACCUCUCGCAUUUUUAGACAUCUACAUAAUUCUACACAAUGUCGCAUUCUCUGUUCUGAUAAGUGUUUUAGCAUCUUAGAUCACGCUUCCACAACUUUCCAACUCAAAAUCGAAGAAUUCUGAGGAAUUGAUAUUAUAGUUUAAAUAACAUUCAACCGUUCCUUCCAAAUAUUUAACACUCAGUUUUAAAAUAGCCUGAAAUUCAACUUUCCACCAUAGAAGGCCAUAUUGCUAGAAAGAAUGAGCGCCAACCUAAGAGUAUCCCCUUCUCACCUGGUCGGAAUCCCACCACAUCUUGCCCCAGAGGAGGGGGAGAUGUGUGUAAAAAACCUCGCAGACCAUUUUUUUCGACCGAUAAAUCUGAAAAAGAGAAUAGUUUGUUUUCCUACUAGCCGGCGGCAAUAUCUAAAACUAAAGGCUCACUGAUAGCUCCAGUGAAUUCUCUGUGUUCGAUAAGAUACUCACCAUGACGAUACCGGACGAUAACCGAUCGGCUUUGCUUUUCAAAUCAGAUUAGCUUCCGUUUUAUUGGUCAGGGCCCAUUUGUAUAAAGGGAUAAAUCGCUACCCAGCAGAUAAGUGAUAGCAAAACGUAUAGCGUUAUCCACCGGAUAGAAAUUUUAUCCUUUGAAGAGUGUUAUCUGACAUUCAAACAACUGGGGCUAGGAAGUUAUAGCUGACAUCGAUGUUUCUUCAUAGCAUCCUACUCAACAAUUCGUUGAAGGAGUAUCUGCCAUCAGUCUAUCAAAACUUGCUCAGUUUAUCUAGAUUCCGACACGUAUGGGCGACCAAAAACUGUCCCAUGUCUCUACAAUUUUAGACGUGGGUUUACUAAAAAACGCACUAGCGAUGAACGAAAACCUUCUGAUGCUCGUCAUAUCAGGCGGAAAUUGGUUCGCCAUAGAGACAAUACCUGAUUUGUAUCGCAUCGUCGUUUCCAGCUCCUUUCCUCUUCUCGCCAUGCUAGUGUGGGAUAUGGUGAGACUUUGGAAACCAUGUUGGGUAUUGUAUUGUAAAAGUUAAAUCAAAGCGUUGCAGCUCAAUUCUCUGACAAAAUGAACGCACAGGAAGCUCACUAAUAAGUCUACUGUUAACGAUAUUUUGUUCACAAGAAAAUCCUUACAACGUUACAAUACUGGAAACAAUUUUUCGCAGUAUGGCAAAAAGUAGCAGUAGAAACUCCAUCGGCCAUAUAAUGACUACAGAAUGCAUCAUUCUCAAAUGUCCAAACAUUAACCCUUUACACCCUAACAUCAGUCUGUAUAUUCUCCUUACUGUUCUUUAUACAUUUCCUAAGGUGCUGAUAAGGAGAAUAUGUUUAAUAAUCAAAAGCUUCCCUGAUUGGUGAUCACUCCUUGUAUUCUCGUGACCUUAAUGUAUAAAUCAGUGGUGAUAUUGUAAGGAGAAAUCAGAUGCUGGUCACUCUUUGGGGUCAAAGGGUUUAAGAGGAAUAGAUCAGUUUUACUCCACACGUCAAUUUACGACUUGAAAACUUAAGCGAGAAUUCGAAGUCAGUAGUGCGUGAAAACAUGCAAACAAUUAAAACAAAAAAGAAACUCAAGCGUGACUGGGUGAUGAUAGCCCAGUUUCUAAAUUUAAUUUAUUUAGCUUCAGUUCAUGAGGUCACGCACGUAAAUCCUGUUUUUCUUAGCCAGCGUUAAGCCGUACCUCCACCCCCCAACUGAAACGGAAGCGAGGGAACAUCUACGCAAACCUGACACAAAUCGUGUUACGUGGCGUCAUUUUUUUUUUGUGCAAUAAAAUAUAUAAUUACUUUUCAUUGGUUAGCCCUUUUUCCUAUUCUUUCGUCAAUUCUGAUUGGCGAGAGUUGGUAAUUUAUUUUUAUAAACGAACAAGAUGUUAAACAAAAUGCUUUCAUAGUCAACUUUUCAGACAACAGCUCUCACAGAAGACCGAGUGCACUAUCUCAAUGUACUUGGGCAAAGAGGCUUGUCCGCCUUCAACUUUCAGUCUCUUUGCGAACAGUGCUACGAAGCUAUGAAAUAAGAGCUAGAUGUCUCUUGCAGCGAUUCUUUCGGCUGAGAAAAGAGUUACUCUUUCUUCACGCUUGCAGCGUAACAAUCGGCCUAAAAGAAAUCUGUAAAAACCUUGAUCCAAUGGUCCAACUUUUUUCGACGACUGUAGCACUGUUUACAAAUGCAAGCAGAAACUGCGUGGACGUUAAAGUCUAGUUUUGCGAGAGCGAUGCUAAUCGAACAUCGUCCUCUUCUUAUUCUAUACCAAAAAUCGCUCAUAAUCUUUUCCUCUAUCCUGAAAACAAAGUUUAUAUUUGAACUUGGACGCUGAAUUGCAAAUUUACCCGAAAAAGGGAAAAUGAAUUCACUUCAAUGCUGUUGUUUAUCUUGAUAACCUUCACGUGCCACUUCGCAAAAAAAUAUUAUCAAGCGACAUUAUUUUGCAUAAACUGACAUAAUCUGACACAAGUGUCAGGUUUGCGUAAACGCGGUUACCUCGUUUCCGUUUAACCUUGCGGGGGAGGGUACGGCUACACUUAAGCUAUGUUUUUCUCAGAAUUUCAAAGAAUAGCUUUUACAGGCUGUGUUUACAUACAAUUUUGUCGAACGCUAACAAUGGAGUCCUUCUUGAGAAACCUCACCAAACAAAUCACUUGCUCAAUUUGUCUCGAGACCUUCAAAGAACCGAAAAUUAUAUCGUGUUUUCAUACGUUUUGCUGUCAGUGUUUGGAAAAACACGCAAGAGUGAGCCAAAGACAUGGAAAAUUUCGAUGCCCCGAGUGUCAGGCAGAAAUCCACCUGCCACAAGGAAAUCGCUUCGAAGCGUUGCCAACCAGUUUUCUUCACAACAGUUUGUUGAAUAUCCUUGCCGUUCGACAAAGUGGCGAUGGAACAAACAUCACUUGUGGCAACUGUAACAAGACCAGCUCCAAUGUCCAUUACUGCUUUGAUUGUGCUCGAUUUAUGUGCCCUGAAUGUCUGAACGCACAUAAAAUUAUGCGCGACGCAUUCGAAGGACACAAAGUCAUGCCUGUUAAAGACUUCCAAGAUCAAGAUUACGAAGCUUUGUUAAAGCGACAGCCCUUUUGCACCAAGAAGUACCACGAGCGAGAGAUCACGAGAUUUUACUGCCUCCAGUGUCAAUGUUGUGUUUGCCAUCUUUGCAUCGUCACGGAACAUAAAAAGCCAUGA